AUGGACACAGAAAGUCCGUUACGACGUAGUCUACGUCGAAUUAAUCCGUUCCAGAAUAGGUUUUUUCGAUUACCGGCGACCCCACGACUGGCCAGGAAUCGCAAAGUUGGAAACGGCGAAGAUGUGACGACGGAGUGGAAUUUCGAGCGAACGGCGUCUCGACGAGUUGACGAGCGACUGAACGGCUUCACCUCGUCCGUCGCCACCACCACCACCUCGACGCCGGUGCUUCAACGUUCAACAAACGUGAGAGUCAUUCAAUUCUGA